AUGUUAGGAAACAUGAACAUUAAAUGUGACUUUUGGGAUAUCGGGUGUCGAAAAGUGGUCAAACUCGAUGACCUCAUACAACACACCGCCAUCUGUGAGCACAAUGAAGCAAACCGUUCCCCAAAGUGUGACGUAUGCUAUUGUGACAAAACACGUGAUCACGACUGCGUCGAAGCACUACUCGUAGCCAAACUUAGCGCGAAUAUCGAAAUGAAUUUGUUAAAGCGAACGGUGAAAGAUUUAAGAAGUGAGAAAGAUCAGUUUUUGAAAACCAUUCAGAAUAUGUCCAGUGAUCCGGCACCGGGGGCAAUGUGGAACCAGGAUCAGAUCCUACUGCUCGACCCCAAUUCGGAACUCCACUUCAGAAGUCCGUUCAGUUUUGCGAUCACGUCGUACCUAAAGCUGCGGAAUCCGUGGGAACGGCGCGUAUGUUUCAGAGUGAUGACGACCGUCCCCAAGAGGUAUUGGGUGCGACCCAACCACGGACUCAUCGAAUCUUUCGGCACCGUAACCAUCGCUGUUAGACUACGACCCGUAGACAUAGACAACGGGAACGACAAAAAUAAUGACGAGUUUAUGGUGCAGACGAUGUUCGCGCCCGAGGGGGCCGUCAAUCAGGAGACACUCUGGGAAGUCGUGAAUCCGGAAGCGAUUAUGACUUCAAAGCUGAAGUGUGUGUUUGAUAUGACGCCGCCUUCAAACGAGACACCUGUCGGGUAG